GCUUGUUCCUCCUCAUCCAGGCAGCCACAACUUGGGCCUUCCCUCCAGGUGGUGGGAAUUGUGGGCCUUGAAGUCCAAAACAACUGAAGGGAAGGCCCAAGUUGGACCAGGCCUGCUGUAGAUACUGUGGGAGCUGUUUUGCGGCCUUCUCUCCCGUUCCCAUUGGGUUAAAGCGGUGUGGAAGGGCCUUAAUCCCCGAGUGCGGGCUCAGGAAGACGCCUGAGGGGAAAACCCGCCCAGAGGAGGCGGAAUCCGGGCGGCCCAAAGCGAAAGAAGCGGAGGAAGGGAAGGGAAGGGAAGGGGCGGCCGUUAGCAGGCUGGCUGUGUGGGGCCCUGUCUCCCGGAAGAGAGGCGGCGGGAGGAGAACGCGAGAGGCGCCGGCCGGUGUUCCAGGCGAGAGUCCGGCUUGGCAGAGGAUGGAGGCCUCCCGGUUCCUCCUCUGGAGCCUCCUGGUGCCGCUGGUGAGCGCUCAAGAAGCUGUCUUGCGUGCUAUCAAGAUUGAUGAUCCUCCGUUAACAAGGGACUACUGUAUAUUUUAUAAUAAAAAUUGGACUUCCCUUCCGAGUACUUUAACUAACAUUACUUAUACAAGACUGGAAAUCUUGACACCCAAUUUACUUUGCAGUCAGUCUGAUGUUACCCAUGACAUCAAGAACAAAGCAAUUGUAGUAUCCCGGGGAAACUGCACUUUUCUGGAAAAGGGAGAAAUUGCCCAAAGUCUGGGUGCUAAAAUGUUGCUGAUUGCCAGUGAUUCUAGUAUUAGUAUUCCUUAUGGCAACAAGACACCGAGUCUCGACAUCCCAGUUGUACUUAUAAGAAAUGAGAAUAUAAUCGAUUUGAAAGAGGCCCUUGGAAAAAAUGUUAUCGUGACACUGUACUCGCCACCUUCACUGAACUUCGACUACAGUAUGGUUGUAAUAUUUGCAAUUGCCGUGACGUGUGUGACGCUGGGCGGCUAUUGGAGUGGAAUGACAGAGCUAGAAAAACUAAAGAAGACCUCAAGCUCUGGAAGCGUUGAUUCGUCAAAGAGUGAAGAAAACAUUACGUUAACCCCUGUGUCAGUGAUAUUCUUUGUUGCCACCUGUUGCAUUAUGCUAGUCUUGAUGUACUACUUCUACAAGUGGUUAGUAUAUUUCGUUAUUUCAGUUUUCUGCAUUGCAUCCGCCUUGAGCCUAUACAGCUGUCUAGCAGCGCUAGUUAGAAAAAUACCUUACGGACGCUGCAGAUUUCCAUGCUAUAACAACUUCCUUGAAGUACGACUCUUUUUUCUUGGAAUAUUUUGUGCGGCUGUCGCUGUUGUUUGGGUUGUGUUUCGGAAUGAAAAUACCUGGGCUUGGAUUUUACAAGAUAUCUUGGGAAUUGCUUUCUGUGUGCACUUCAUCAAAACACUGAAAAUGCCCAACUUCAAGUCGUGUGUGAUACUCCUGGGCCUCCUCCUUGUAUAUGACGUAUUUUUUGUCUUCAUCACGCCGUAUCUUACAAAGAGUGGAGAAAGUAUCAUGGUUGAAGUGGCAGCUGGUCCAUUUGAAAGCAGUGAAAAGAAUGAUGGAAACUUGGUGGAAGCGUCUGCUGAGCGGUCAGCUCCUCAUGAGAAAUUGCCAGUGGUAAUCAAAGUGCCUAGGCUGGGAUUCUCAGCAGCGAAGUUGUGUUUUUCACCAUUUUCAUUACUCGGAUUUGGGGAUAUUGUUGUGCCAGGCCUCCUGAUUGCUUAUUGUUACCGGUUUGAUGUUCAGACCAGCUCCUCUGUGUAUUUCAUUUCCUCUGUUAUAGCUUAUUCAGCAGGCAUGUUGAUCACAUUUGUGAGUCUUGUGCUAAUGCAGAAGGCACAACCUGCACUCCUCUAUUUAGUGCCAUGCACACUUAUUACCAGCACGCUAGUGGCUUUGUAUCGCAAAGAGAUUAAAAAGUUCUGGAAUGGCAAUAGCUAUCAGGUGAUGGAUCCCAUAGAUUCUGCUGCUAAUGAAGGAAACCCUACAACAGCCAGUGAACAACAGCAAGGACAAUAACAUGGCAUCUAAAAUAACGGUUAUGAUUUUUUACUCAAGUAAUAGAGACUGCUCUGAAUUUUUAAACUGGAAAAUUUCUUACGAUUUAUUAUGAGAAGAAUUGUCUUUUGUACACUUGCACAUAUAUUUUUGUGAAAACGCACAUCAGAAUGCUUUAAAUCCAUAUUUUUUAAAGUGCCAAACUGAUAUUCAAUAAACCUGUGCCUUCAGAAGGGUGUUCCCUAUGAGGUGGAUAGUGCUUCCAAAAUAUUGUGUAUAAGGCUUUCUGACUAAUACCUUAUUACAGGUGUUUAGCUGCCGCAGGGGGUAAAUUAAAUAUAUCGCACGGAUUGUUUGGUUGGCUGUCAAUGUGGAAUUAUGCUUUGGUCGGACCGUAGAUAACCAGGCAAAUAUAAUUAGGCGGUGAUCAUGCAGUGUGAGGUAAGGCUGGAUUAUGGUUAAUCUGAGACCAUUUCAUAAUGGCUUCCUAGCCCGGUUCUUCCCAGAUCUACCACAACUGUCUUUUGGGCCAUUUGAUAUUUUUUCGAGCCAGUUUAUUUUCUGUAGCUAGUUGUAAGAUGAUUGAACAAUAACGCAGAAUAUAUAAGAAGCAAGAAAACAUGUUUCCUUUUAAACACAAAUCCUCACAUCAAGGAUUUCAUAAUUAUUAUUUUUUUGUCGUUCGGGGCUAACUAUGUUCAUUGCAUCUCUUGCAUCAAUACUGAGGAAUUGCAAAAAAAAAUCUUAGGUGUGAAGAAAUGCAACGUGUAGUUGCCUAUUCCCCCUGCAGAAAUGUAGUUUGCUUCCCAAUAAAGAAGUAUCCUACCACAAUGUUUAAUUGUGUAAUACAAAUAAUAUUCUGUACAUUGAAGAUGUGGUAGUUAUUCCUACAUGUGGUAGUUAUUCCUUUUGUGCCAGUUUUUGCUUCUGUUUUACAUUUUUUUAGCAUUUAAAGGUGACUUUGAAUUUCAAGAAUUUCACAGGUAUCUAUCUGUGACCACAUUUUCAUCGUCUUUCCUUUGGAAAGAAUAAUGAAGAAAAAAAGCUCAAAGUUUGAGCAGAAGCAUUUGAACACCAAAGAUACUUGGGAGAAUCUGAAAACCUUGAUUUUGGAGAGCAGCAACCCUACAGGAAAUGUGUCAUCUUCUUUCUUGCAGCAGAGGAGGAAAAUGGAAGCUUGUGGUUUUAAACUAACUAGUUUUGCAUGCUGUUUGAACUGCAGUUAUUAGCCAAGAAAUGAAAUGUGAUGUGAUGUGAUCCUGACUAGUUCUCCCCACUGCUUGAGAAAAGACCCCAAGGGGUCGUAGCCCACCCCGGGGACUGGGUUUGCCCAUAGCUGUCCUAAACCAUAAAUGUGUACUAAUGUCAAACGAUAUCCAAAAUUAUGAGGAAAUAGGGGUUCGUUCAAGCACUGCUCUAUGACAGGUAUGGGCAAAUUCAGGCCCAGGGAUGGGAUGCGGCCCCUUGGGCUCUUUUCUCAAGCCCUCCCUUCUCUCACCACCCUAUCAUUCCUUCUUUCUCUCUUUCCUUCCUCUUUCCCUCCCUCUUUCUCCUUCCCUUUCGCCCUUCUUUCCUUCUCUUCCCUUCCCGUCCCUUCCCUUUCACCCUUUCAUCCUUCCCUCCUUCGUUCCCUUUUGUCUUUCCCUCUUUCCACAAGAUGCAGAGCUAACCUUAAUAAAUGGGGCCACAAAGUGGAGUCCACGACAUGUGAAUGUGGAAAAGAACAAACCACAGACUACCUACUACAAUACAGCCUGAGCCCUGCCACAUGCACAAUGGAGGACCUUUUCAUAGCGACACCAGAGGCACCCCAAGUGGCCAGCUCUUUCCCUCUGUCCCUCUUUCUCCUUCCACCCUUCCUUCCUUCCCUCUUUACUCCCUCUUUCUUUAUUCUUCCUUCCUUUAUUUCUUUYCUUCUCUCUUUACUUUAUCCUUCCUUCCAUCCAUCCUUCUCUUCAUCCUUUUGUUCCUUCCUUCUAAUUUUCCUUCCUCCUUCCCUUCCAUCCUUCCUCCGUUCCCUUUUGUCUUUCCUUUCUUCCCUCUUCCCUCCCUCCUUCCCACCCUCUUUCUCCUUCCAUCCUUCCCUUCCUCCCUUUCGUUUUUCCUUUGUUUUCCUUCCUUCGCUCUUUCCUCCCUCCUUCCCACUCACCCUCUUUUUCCUUCCAUCCUUCGCUUCCUCCCUUUCGUCCUUCUUCCCUUCUCUCUUUUCUUCCUCCUUCUCUUCCUUCCUUCCAUAAUUGGGCAGCCGGUCCUCCUAGUAGGGAGUGCUAGCAUGCGGCCCCAAGUUGGAAAAUUUGCCCAGGCCUGGCCUAGGAAGUAUAAAAUUACUGGUACUUGUUUUUUAGACACCCCUCACCCCUCAUGCACUUGAACAACGCUUCACCAUAAUCGGAAUGUUUGUCCAUAUGUUUUGAGAUGGGAAAAAGACCUAGAAAAUACAGGUUUCUCUAAACAUUGGUGAAUAAAAAGCUGGAUUGUUUAAGGGCCCUUCCACACAGCCCUAUAUCCCAGAAUAUCAAGGUAGGAAAUCUAACAUUAUCUGAGUGUGGACUCAGAUAACCCAGAGUCCACACUCAGAUAAUGUGGGAUUUUCUGCCUUGAUAUUCUGGGAUAUAGGGCUGUGCGGGUUUUCGCACAGCCACACUCAGAUAAUGUGGGAUUUUCAGCUGUGAUGUUAUGGGAUAUAUAGGGCUGUGUGGAAGGGGCCUCAGCUUCUAAAGAGAAUAGGUUCCCUUCCUUGGGCUUCCCCUUCACUCACUGUGUGGACAGUGGGAGUGAAGGAAUGCCAGUUCCUUCAUUGAGGCAGUAAACUAUAAUGUCAACAUUGAGGUCUUUCCCUGAAGCAGGACAUGAGUAGCCUUGAGUUUUGGACUAAGGGGACGACCAUAGUUGGAAGGGAUAUGUUUACAAUCUCUUGUAACUGCAAGCACAAUCAACCAAGACCUUCUCCUGUGUACACUCAGUUUAAACGACUGGAAGUUUCAUGAAAUUACCUGUGUGAUAGUUUUAGUUCACUGAGACUUUCUGUGUAGAACGAUGUACUUGUCAAAGGAAAUGUUUCCUCCCCCUUCACUGAAACAGAUCAAUAAACUGCUGGGUGAUAUGGGGAAUGCAUUGGAUAGAGCCAAGGCCACUAAAUGGUUUUCGUAUAGGUGAUUCACCCACAAGGUUUACAAGCCUGAGAAACUUGAAGUGAGAACCACCAAGCAUUUUCAUCCCAUCCCCUAACAGGAGCCUUUUAGGUUGUUCCGCAGUCGGCAUCAACUAAUUAAAACAUGGCAGACUUAGAUCCUGUUCUGUAGUUUCAAAAAACCUAAAUAAACCUGAUUAAUGGGGUUACAUAAUGCUUUUGAUUGGGGGCGGGAGAGUGAUAUUGUAGCUAAAACCCCAUUUCUUUGGAAUCAUCUGCAAUGAAAUGAAGAGGAAUUUCCUUAACCUAUCUUGAGAAAAUUGGAAAUAUUGUGGUCUCUUUUUACAUUACAGUUUUGCUAUAAAGACCUCUUUUCCUAAGUGUGUAGACUGAUAGAGGAAUGUCGUAUUUAAUUGUGAAUGGAUCAAUUGAAAUCUUAUUUCGCCAUGGAUGUAGCAGAGGAAUUAUUUGGCAGCGUGCUUAGCAAACAAGCAUUCUUUGGAAAGUCUCUGGCCAAGAACUAGUGGUGUAUUUUGGGAUCUGUCAGCACCGAAAUUAGGGUUUUCUUCCCUUCCUGCUCCUGCUGUCGCUCUUUGUGGGGCUGUAGACAGGCUCCAAAUUUGUAUUUCAAAACAUAAGCAGGGGAGGGAUCCAGGAUGGAGAAGGGAUUGAUGGUUUUGCUGGAAGCAAUAGGACUUAGCAGAAAUGCACCACUGGCUCUACGAGUCAAGAUAUGAUCCAUUUCCAGGACUGUCAUAUGCUGUUGUUGAUUCUGUAGUAUUAAAUUAACAGGCUGUGCAUGGAUUAUCAAAAUAAUAAUAAUAAUAGUAAUGUUAGGAGAUGGAUUGCUUGGCAAUUGGCUACUGAAUGGCAUGUCAUUAAUGUAGAGCUGAGUAGAAUUAACCUUGAUAAUUUCUAUAUGUUUGAAAAAUCUAACUGGCCUUCUCCACUUCAAAAGCCUUAAUAACAAUAACAAUAAUAAUAAUAAUGCAGUCAUGGCCGUGAUUUUGAUAACUACCUUCUUUUUCCACUUUACCUCUGAAACCCUGUAUAUUUGUUUCCUAAGACUGUUAUCAUUUAGAGCAAUAUUUGGUAUUUAAUAAAGACUUUCGUAAUAAUUGAAA